AUAAGUUUUAUUGGUCCUUCCAAAUCUGACUCGACUUGCUGCCAUCAUCAUGGACGCUCUCAAGAAUGUUUUCGAGGCCAAGAAGUCUCAGGGAUCGCCUGCAUUGGUUACUUUUGUCACCGCAGGAUACCCUACGAAAGAUGCGACGGUUCCCAUUAUGUUCGCCAUGCAGAACGGAGGCGCUGAUAUCAUUGAACUGGGAAUGCCCUUCUCGGAUCCCAUUGCUGAUGGCCCUGUGAUCCAAGAGAGCAAUACAGUUGCACUGAAGAAUAACAUGGACUACGCGACAGUCUUGGGACAGCUUCGCGAGGCAAGAAGCAAGGGACUCACCGCUCCCGUCAUUCUUAUGGGUUACUAUAACCCGUUGCUGGCAUACGGCGAGGACAAAGCCAUACAAGAUGCAAGCGAAGCUGGAGCUAAUGGUUUUAUCAUGGUCGACCUUCCUCCCGAAGAAGCUAUCACUUUCAGAGAAAAGUGCACAAAAGCAGACUUGUCAUAUGUUCCUCUCAUUGCUCCGUCGACCACACUAUCUCGAAUAAAAUUCCUCGCGUCAAUUGCUGACAGUUUUAUUUAUGUCGUGUCCAAAAUGGGUACAACCGGAUCGUCCGACAAGGUGGCGAUAAACACUGAGCUCCCAGAUAUCAUUGCCCGCGUCCGAGAACAUGCGACCGUUGCUAUCGCUGUCGGCUUCGGUGUAUCCAAUCGUAGUCACUUUGAUUAUGUCGCCGAUGCCGGUGCAGACGGAGUUGUCGUUGGCAGCCGGAUUGUCAACGUUAUUAAAAACGCCCCUGCAGAUAAAGUUUCCCACAGUGUUGAGGCCUUCUGUAGUGAAAUUACUCAGAAGGGUCAGCCUCCUAGAACAAGAUCUUCUCAAGCUCAGUCGCUUGCACCUGUGACAAACAGCAAGAACGAUGUUUCCAAGGUCUCUUCGAAGCCCGACUUACCCGCGCGAUUUGGCCAAUUCGGCGGUCAGUAUGUCCCAGAGUCUUUGGUUGAUUGUUUGGCCGAACUCGAGGAGGCACACAAAUCUGCUAUGAACGACCCUGAGUUCUUGAAGGAAUUCCAAAGUUACUAUGAAUAUAUCAACAGACCCUCAGGGCUCUAUCUAGCAGAAAAUUUGACCAAACACGCUGGUGGCGCUAACAUUUGGCUAAAGCGCGAAGAUUUAAACCACACUGGAUCCCACAAAAUCAACAAUGCGAUUGGUCAAAUUCUCCUAGCUCGCCGCAUUGGCAAGACACGAAUUAUCGCCGAAACGGGUGCAGGUCAGCAUGGUGUCGCAACAGCAACGGUCUGCGCCAAAUUCGGUCUGGAAUGUAUCAUCUACAUGGGAGCUGAGGAUGUCCGGCGCCAAGCGCUCAAUGUUUUCCGUAUUGAGAUGCUCGGAGGAAAGGUCAUUCCUGUCCACUCUGGGUCAUGUACCCUCAAAGAUGCCGUAAACGAGGCCAUGCGGGACUGGGUGUCUAAUCUAUCUACGACACAUUAUCUCGUAGGAUCUGCUAUUGGUCCACACCCCUUCCCCACGAUCGUUCGUGAUUUCCAAAAGAUCAUCGGAGAGGAAAUCAAAGUCCAGCUGAAGGAGAAGCGAGGUAAACUCCCUGAUGUUGUCAUGGCCUGUGUAGGCGGUGGAAGUAAUGCCAUCGGAACUUUCUACGAUUUCAUCGGUGACAAAAGUGUUAGAAUGGUUGGUGUGGAGGCUGGUGGUGAGGGCGUCGAUGGCGACAAACACAGUGCUACGCUUUCCAAGGGUCAGCCUGGUGUCCUUCAUGGCGUGCGGACGUAUAUUCUGCAGUCCCCGGACGGCCAGAUCAUCGAGACGCAUUCUAUCAGUGCAGGGCUCGAUUAUCCUGGGGUAGGACCGGAACAUGCCUGGCUAAAAGAUUCUGGUAGAGCAGAAUAUGUUGUCGCUACAGAUGAAGAAGCGUUGAGAGGGUUCAGGAUGCUCACACAAAUGGAGGGCAUAAUUCCGGCCCUCGAGUCGUCGCAUGCUAUCUGGGAAGGUGUUCGUAUUGCAAAAAAGAUGUCUAAGGAUUCUGAUAUUGUCAUUUGUCUUUCCGGUAGAGGUGACAAAGAUGUAGAGGAGAUCUCUGAGCUUCUUCCUAAGUGGGCAGACAUCCUUGACUGGCAUGUCAGAAAAUAGAAAAUAGAUGCCAUGUUAUUUGCUUGUCAAUGACAGUUUGGCUCUCUAAGACUA